AGAAAAUCCGAACGAGGACAAUGCAUCUGAGUCUGACUGCUAAAGCAAAGAGAAAACUUUUAGUGUGACCGUGGAGCUGAUGGGAAAAUGACGAGCUUUAAUUUGGAGAAAGUGACGUGAUGCCUCUGGGGAACAGACCGACAAUAAACACUGUUACUGUGUGGCCUGAAGAGUGGUGCUGCUGUUUUAAUUGGACAUAUGUACGGAUAAGAUAGCAGCCAUUUGAGCCUGUGACAUAACCGGUCUCAUUAAACUAUCAGCAUUUAAAUGGAGUUUACAUUAAUGUUUUGCUUUUAUGCACAACAUGAAAAGUGCACCUGACAUCUCCAAUAACACGGAAAGGGCAUGCUGUUUUUACCAGAGCAUCUGGAUUUGAUAAACUGACUUUAAACCCCACAGUGAAUCCAGCCCAUGUUUUACAUGGGACCUAAACCAAAUCCAGAUUUUCUGUGCUGCACGACACAGGUCUCCUCCUACAAUUCAGUUAGAGCUACUUCACCAACAACUUUCGAGUGCGCUAGAUAUAAAAUCUGGAACAAAUUAAAGCACAUAAAGUUUUGGGUUUGUUUUGUUUGUUUGUUUUUGUUUUGUUUUGUUUUAUGAGUUGAGCCCUAAAGAACAAGCGGUUUGGGAUCUUGUCCGGUGUUCUCGCCUGGACUUUGGUUUUCCUGCAUUCCUCUUUGUUACAGAAACAGAUGCUUCUUCUUCCUCACGUGAAAACCUCCUGACUUCUUGGUUUGAUUUGAGCCUUUAAAGUGAAGGUAAUCUCCUCAUCAUGUCCUGUGACUCGGACCCUUACAUCUUCACCACCGACACCCUCCCUAGUGACCUCCGCUUCCUCCCUCCGCUUGCGAAUGGCCACCUGGGCUGGAGGGUGUUCAAUAAUGUCAUGCACAUGGGGGGCGUUUAUAAUGGGGAGGGUGGGCGCUGCCACAGAGCAGAUGUCCCCUGUCCUCUAGCUGUUAAGGUGGAGCUAGAGGAACCUGUCCAACACACCUACAGCCUGGACACCCACAAAGGCAUUUUUAUUCACACUCUGAGCUCCGCUAGCGCCACUGCCACACAGUCUUUGUACUCUCACCGACACUACCCCAACCUGAUGGUGAUGGAGAUCCUGCUGGAGCGUCAGGUGACCUCACAGGAGCCCGUCACGGUUAAACUGGUCAGCUCAUUCACACCUCAGAGCAAAGACAUCAGGUUUGAGGCCGGUCCUGAUUACAGAGGAGGCAGCCAUAUCCAGGGACAGACAACCGCAGCUGAGUACCCUGGAGGUUCUUGUCCUACUGUGCACCUCAUCUGGACCCCCGUGCCCGUGACGCUGAUGCUCCCUCCCGAGCACAGCCAGGCUCGCUGGGGCUUCAUCCUGGUUGCUGCCAGCAGUUUAGACUCUGCUGAGGCCAGUUUUGAUGAGGGCCUGAAUCUGAUGGCAACUGGGAGUCUGCGUCCAUCUCACGAGAAAGCCUGGCAAGAGCUGUGGCUGCAGAGCAAAGUGGAGGUGACAGGGUCUGAGAGCCUCUGCAAGGCCCUGAUUGGCUGCAUGUUCUACCUCCUCAGCGCUUUCCCGUCCAUACAUGACACCUCCAGCUCUUUUGGUGGAGUCAGUCCAGGAGGACUCUCUAAUGGUGGAGAAGGCCAAGACUACUGGGGCCAUGUUUUCUGGGACCAAGACAUCUGGAUGUAUCCCGGGAUAGCCCUUUUUUAUCCGAAACUAGCCCGAGCUGUGCUGGAGUACAGGGUGGGGACCAUAGAUGGUGCUAAAGACAACGCCCAAAAGCAAGGCUACAAGGGUCUAAAGUUCCCGUGGGAGAGUGCUGUGUCAGGGAGAGAGGUGUGUCCAGAGGACAUUUAUGGACAACAAGAGAUUCACAUCAACGGAGAUGUCACGUUGGCCUUCCAGCACUAUCUUUACCUCACCGAGGAUCUGUCCAUGUUCAGAGAGGGACUGGGCAGCGAGGUCAUCUAUGGUGUGGCUGAUUACUGGGUUUCAAGGGUAACCUGGAAGCCCGAGGACCAGAAAUAUCACCUCCUUGGUGUCAUGCCGCCUGAUGAAUAUUACUACAAUGUUAAUGACUCUGUGUACACAAACACAGUGGCCAAACUUGGUCUUCAGUUUGCUGUAGAACUGGCUGAACUCCUUCAGCACUCUGUGCCCAAGGAAUGGCAAGCAGUGGCCGAAUACAUUAAGAUACCUUUUGACGAAGAGCAUCAGUACCAUCCUGAGUACGACGGCUACAUUAAAGGGCAUCCCGUGAAGCAGGCGGACACAGUGUUGCUGGGAUAUCCUCUUGGAUUGCCGAUGUCCCCAGAGGUUAGAAGGAAUGACCUUGAAGCAUACGAGCCAGUGACAGACCCUCACGGUCCAGCUAUGACAUGGGGGAUGUUUGCAAUCGGCUGGCUGGAGCUCGGGGAGGCUGAGAAAGCUCAGCUUUUACUUGAAAAGUGCUUCAACAACAUCCAGGGCCCGUUCCAGGUAUGGAGUGAAUCAUCCGAUGGCUCCGGUGCAGUGAACUUUCUCACAGGUAUGGGAGGAUUCCUGCAAGCUGUGCUGUUUGGCUACACCGGUUUUAGAGUUCAGAAGGACUGCCUGGCAUUCUCGCCACUGCUUCCCAACGACGUCUGCGAGCUUUGUGUCCGUGGUGUCAACUACCUGGGCAGCCAGAUGGACUGGCUGCUGAGGAAGGAAGAAGUCUGCAUCAUACUGAGGGAACAGGAAGGCAGUGCAGGCAACACUAAGCCCUGUAAUUUACAAGUUGUCCUGAAGGCAUCAGGAACUAAAAUCCCCCUCACACCAGGGCAGCCGGUAACUUUUCCUCGAGAGACCGGAUGUGUUUGCAAACUGAUUUCAGCUGCUUCCUGCUGGCCUUUCUGAAACCAGAGCACCGAUCCUCCGAAACAUUUCACAUACUGACAGUUGAAAGCAUAUUAUUUGUUUUUAUUAUAUUUCGCUUGAUUUACUAAAUGUAUGGAAUAAAGAAGGGCAGUAUUAAUUUAAGUCUCCCAGCACCUACGGAUCUGAGCAGGGCAACAAAUAAUACACAGAUGGAUUUGCGUAAUAUUUGUGGACUUCUUGCGUUAAUAAAAAAAAAAUGCAGAAAAA